AUGGCUAUCAAUUCCGCCCCCCAGAGCUCGCUGCUCUCCCUCCUCUACCGAUCCUACCCCGCCGCCAUCUCACCCGACGAGACCGAGCCUGACCUCCUUGCCGCGAACCCCAAGAUCUUCCCCCGUGCGACUUACAAUGACACCGAACAGGCGGACAUCAAGCAAUGGCUGAACACAACCUCUAGCCUCCAGAGCGCUCUGACCAAAGAUGACAAGUCUGCUAUCUCGGACAUCCUCGCUCAGAUCAACACCCAUCUUGCUACACGGACAACCAUUUUAGGCUCCAAGGCCUCUGUCGCAGACGUUGCUGCAUACGCCCUUCUCGCCCCUGUGGUGGAAAAGUGGACACCCGAAGAGCGCACAGGAGAGCAGGGAUACCACCAUAUCGUCCGCCAUGUUGACUUCGUCCAGAACAGCCGUCUGUUUGGUCUGCAGAUCCCCGAAGAGGAGAAGAUCAACAUUGAUGUAAACGACGUCAAGUUCGUACCGAAGCCAAUUGAUCUCAAGGCCGAGAAGGAGCGCAAGAAGAAGGAGAAGGCUGCUGCCCAGGGUGCGGGAGCUGAGCAGACUGUUGUAGUGGGACAGACUAAGCCUGAGAACGCUGCUCCCGACGCCGCUGGUGCUAGGGGUGAUGGCAAGAAGAAGGAGAAGAAGGAAAAGAAGGAGAAGGCACCAAAGCCAGCUCCUGCUCCCGCUGCUCCACCUUCGCCCUCUCUCAUUGAUCUCCGAGUUGGUCACAUUCUCCGCGCUAUCAACCACCCUAAUGCCGACUCACUUUACGUUUCGACUAUUGACUGCGGUGAUGCCCCCGGCUCUGACAACACAUCUUUGGACGAGGAAACUGGAAAGACUGUCCGUACCGUAUGCUCUGGUCUGAACGGACUUGUCCCUCUGGAAGAGAUGCAGGGCCGAAAGAUCGUCGCCAUCUGCAACCUGAAGCCUGUUACCAUGCGUGGAAUCAAGUCCUGCGCCAUGGUUCUGGCCGCCUCUCCUCGCAUCGCCGAGGGUGAAGACUCUCACGCUGGGCCCGUUGAACUUGUUACUCCUCCAGAUGCUCCUGCUGGUGAGAGGAUAUACUUUGAAGGAUGGAACGAUGGUGAGCCGGAGAAGGUGCUCAACCCUAAGAAGAAGGUGUGGGAAACCUUCCAACCCGGCUUCACCACAACCGACAGCCUUGAGGUCGCAUUCGAGAGCAGUGCCGUUCCUGUUGCACAAAGCCAGGAAGGUAAGCCUGCACUCGGAAAGCUGGUCGCCAAGUCGGGUGGUAUUUGCACAGUGAAGACUCUGAAGAAUGCUACUGUGCGGUAA